UAAAAGAACCAGCAAUAGAACCAGCCACCAGUUGUCUGUGCAGAAUAGAGCCUGUGGAAGAGAUGAGCAAGAAGAGAGCGAGAGAGAAUUUUGAGUUACCAGAGGGACAAGAAUGGUGCUGCAUAUCUCACAGUUUCCAGAGAGUGGCUUUAAAAAACCCUAACAAAAUCGCAGUGAUACAGGCAUCUCCCACUGCACAACUCCACAACCAAUCCCUGGCAUCUUCUCACAUACCUCCACCCUACCAUGGAGACCGCUCUUUCACUUUUUCUCAUCUCUCUGACGCCAUCGAUUCCCUCAGCUUCCGCCUUCGCUCCAUCCUCGCUGGUGCUCAGGACCCCUUCUUGAUCAACCCCACAGGUAAUUAUCUUUGUAGAAAUCGGCUGGAACAUGCCCCAUUUUCUAUGUCAUCAACAUCUUCCAAACCAAGUGCGGAGCAGUCUGAGGAGAUUAAGAAUAAAGAAAUACCAAAAAUAUUAGGAAUAUAUAUGGUGCCUUCUGUUGAAUACAUAAUUGCUGUUCUUUCUGUUCUUAGGUGUGGAGAGGCUUUUAUGCCUCUAGAUCCUUCUUGGCCAAAAGAAAGGAUAUUAUCAAUUGUUUCUUCUUCAAAUGUUGACCUUAUUAUUGGGUGCAGAUCUUCAUUUGAUACAAGUGGUCACUUCAAACUUGAUAAAUCUCAUUGGCUUGUGGAUUGCAAUAGUUGUCCUGUUUUGUCUAUGUCCAUGGAAGACAAACUUCAAAACCGUAGUGAUUUAUCAGAGUUAGUUUGGCCUUGUGAAAAGGAAGAACUAAGGCUAUUUUGUUAUUUGAUGUAUACAUCAGGAUCAACUGGAAAGCCUAAGGGCAUAUGUGGCACUGAAAAAGGCCUUUUAAACCGCUUUUUAUGGAUGCAAGAAUUUUAUCCCCUGCUUGGAGAGGAGAUUUUGUUGUUCAAAACAUCGAUAAGCUUUGUUGAUCAUCUGCAAGAAUUUCUUGGUGCUAUUCUUUCUGCUUGUACGUUGGUUAUACCUCCCUUCAACGAGCUAAAACAAAAUCCAUUUCAUGUUAUUGAUUAUCUAAAGGACCUAAGACUUGGCAGGGAGAGUUUUGUUGGAGUUGGAGCUUAA